AUGCAAGGAUCAAGUGCACAGGUAUUGGAGGACGGCUUGAGCGAUGAACAGGUCUGCUUCACCCUUGAAGCCUUGCUUCAUGUGGAACUCAAUCAGCAAUUUUGCACAACUUUUUCCAUCUUGAGAAUAGAUGAAAUGGUGGCGUGCUUGUGCAUAGUUUGUAAAAAACAAGCUGAAUAUAAAAAUUUAUUGUAUAAAAACAACACAAAUGUUAAUGGUAUAAAGAUGUAUAUAACAGAGAAUAACUGCAAGGAACCAAACAUUAAUAUCAAGCUAUAA